AUGAUUUGGAAUUUUGGAGAUCUGAUAAUCAUUUCAAUCAGCUUAGUUUAUACCAGCCGAUUUAAUCAAAUUACAGAUAAAAUAAAAUUGUACAUUGAAUCCAAUAAAACCCAUUCUAAUGUACUAUCGAUAUAUUCAGUGGAAAUAGAGAAAAUUCGAGAUAAAUUUUGGAGAGACCUUAGAAGAGACUACGGCCAAAUGUAUCAGAUGUGCACCAGUUCCAGCGAUUUAUUUGGUUUACUAAUUCUAAUUACAUAUUCUUUUAACAUGAUGUUUAUUCUCGUACAACUCUUUGUCAGUUUGAGGCCAAGAGAACAAAUUAUCGAAAUUUUAUAUUUUGUUAGCUCCUUCUCGUUCGUGGUAGGCAGGACAGUUAUGAGUUCUAUCUAUGGAGGAUGGUUGGAUGAAGCUGGUAAGGCUGCUUUACCUAUUUUGAAUGCUGUUCCUUCGGAAAUGUACACUGAAGAGGUUGCUAUGUUCAUUGCACAAAUACAAAAUAACAGUCCAACUCUAUCAGGAUAUAAUUUUUUUAACAUCACCAAAGGAUUGGUUUUGAGCAUCGCUGCUUCAAUUAUUACCUACGAACUUGUGUUAAUGCAGUUCAAUCAACAAGAGCUAGACCAGUACUUAAGCGUUAAAGGAAACGUUACUAUUUGUUAUUAA